UUCCCUGGAAAGAGGAUCAGAGACACAGGGGGAUUGAUGAAGGAUGGGAGGCGGAGGCGCAGCGUCCGACAGAGGCUCGGCGAUAGCGGGCCCUGUGUCCGAGAGUGGGUCAGAGAUAGUCAGCUGUGUUCUUGGGAGUGAGUGAGGGAGAGGAGGAACAAAGGGCAGGAAUGAGGCGACGGAAGUGGGAAAUGGGGGUAGAUAAGGAGUAAAGGAGCGAGUCAGCGUCUUGAAUAGAACGAGAGAGAAAGAGUGCUGCCUGGGAAAACCUUAAGCAUCAGUGUCAGAUUGAUUUCGGAGGGCAGGGAUAAAAAGCAGUGAAACAUGGCGCGACAGAGGGUAAAAAAGGAGAGACUGACUGAUUCUAAAGUAGAUGGGAAAAAUGGAAAGAGUACUGGACUUCACAAGAAACCUCAAGUUAAGGAAAAGAAGAAAAAAUCCAAUUUGGGGAAUAUUUUCAUCAAUAUAGCAAUUGUACUGUGCAUUGUGAGCAGUGUCUGGUUUUGCUAUGCUAUCUACAUGAGAUCCUGGUUUGCUAACCGAAUCGUAACUCCGCAUCCCUCUUUGCGGAUACUAGAUAACAAUUUUACAAGUCCAGCAUUGUCGCCAGAGAAAUUCUGGGGAUCCUACCGACCUCAGGUAUAUUUUGGAAUGAAAACACGGAGUCAAAAAUCAAUUGUAACAGGCUUGAUGUGGCUACAGCAGUUCAAAGCUGAGGUGAAUUUGCGACAUACAUGUGAACAGGGUGAUCGGUUACCUGGGUAUGGCUGGCUCAUGCAUGAUGGAAUCAACUUUGGUGUACAGGAAAUUAAAGACAAUGAUUUCAUUUUAACAACUGAGUUUUUGAAACGUCUUGGUGGACAGCAUGGUGGAGAUUGGACAUGGCGAAUUACUGCUAAACCACAGAGUUCUACCCCAGAGAAUCCAGUGAUAUCGUUAUUGUUUUAUGUUGCUGGUGAUGGAGAAGUAAUACUUCAGCCACACAUUGAGGAAAAAAGCAGGCUCAUGGCGGUGUCUGGUUCAUCAGAGGAACUAGGCAAAUUCACCCUCACCUUCCUGGCACCAACUGCACUAAAAUCCAGGAAUUAUAAGUAUGCCAGUUACAAUUAUUUGCGGGCACACUGUCCAAGUUUGGAGAUGAUGACAGACAUCGUGAAAAACAGCUUGAACGGUCGUUUUGUGUACAACACAGCGACUUCUCCCAGACGGUACUACAUUGGUGUGGAUAGCUACAGGCCAUCUCCAAAACAAGAUGGGGACACAACACAAGACAACUUCUUAGUUCAUCAAGUGACAGUGCAGGUUCCCUUUGAAGUCGAAGUCCUGUUUGAGUCGGAAAGUUUUACAGGUCAAUCCAAUCGUCUUGCUGGAGAGGUCUUCACAAGUGAGCUGGAGAGGUGGAAACAAGCAUUUGAUGAAAAAUUUAAUACCAUUUUCAAAUUGUCAGAUAAAGGCUUUUCCCCUCAACAAAUUAAAUUUGCUAAAGCAGUUUUCAGUAAUACAAUUGGUGGUAUGGGGUAUUUUUAUGGUCAGUCUUACGUUCAGUCUAUAUACAAUGAAUACCCAUUGCCUUACCUGGAGGGUCCACUGUACACUGCUGUCCCAUCCCGUUCAUUCUUUCCCCGAGGAUUUCUCUGGGAUGAAGGGUUCCAUCAACUUUUGAUCAGUAAGUGGAAUCCAUCUAUUAGUAGAGAGGUGAUUGGACACUGGCUAGAUCUGAUGAAUGUUGAAGGUUGGAUACCAAGGGAGCAGAUUCUGGACAAUGAGGCACGUAGUAAAGUGCCUGCAGAAUUUAUUGUACAGAGGAAUGAAAAUGCUAAUCCUCCUACACUUUUCCUCACAAUACAAAAGCUAAUCGAAGAUUUGAAUGGACAUUUGACGAAAGAGGAUAAAUCUUACCUGAAGAGACUCUUCCCCCGUUUAAAGACUUGGUAUGAUUGGUACAAUUCAACCCAAGUUGGGUCCUUGCCAUCAACCUAUCGUUGGAGAGGUCGUGACACUGAUACAAAUCUGUUCCUCAAUCCAAAAACAUUGACCUCUGGACUUGACGAUUACCCGCGGGCAUCACAUCCUUCUGAAGAUGAGCGCCAUGUGGACCUUCGCUGCUGGAUGACUUUGGCGUCAAAGAUCAUGACAGAUAUUGCAAAAAUUAUAGAAGAAGCCCAUCAAGACUAUCAGGACAUGUAUGAGAAGUUGAGUGACAACUCUUUGCUUCAAGAACUGCACUGGUCUGAGGAUCUGAAAGCAUUCUGUGAUUAUGGAAAUCAUACUCAGUCUAUUAUGCUAGAGCGAGAGAAAAUCUAUGUGCCACCUGGCCAGCCACGACAGCAUGUCCAACCUGCCAGACUUAUCCGUUCUGUUCGAAAACAACCGAAACUUCAGUAUGUUAAUGCUUUUGGUUAUGUCAGUCUCUUCCCAUUCCUACUUCAAAUUCUGCAGCCUGAUUCUCCAAAACUACUUCAUAUCUUAAAUGAUAUCAGGGAUGAUGAGAAACUCUGGACUCCUUAUGGCCUACGGUCACUUUCAAAAUCUAACCCCCUCUAUUUGAAACGUAACACUGAAUAUGACCCACCUUACUGGCGUGGACCUAUUUGGAUUAACAUGAACUACCUUGUGGUUCGGGCACUACACUUCUAUUCCACUCAAAAUGGACCAUAUCAAGAAAUGGCAGCAACACUAUACCAGGAGCUGAGGACUAACCUCAUAUCAAAUAUGUAUAAGCAGUUUGUACAAACUGGUUACUUGUGGGAGCAAUAUAAUGACAGUACUGGCAAAGGGCAAGGUAGCCACCCAUUUACUGGCUGGUCUUCCCUGAUAGUUUUAAUAAUGGCAGAGCAAUAUUAAUGCUGUCACUAAUGACAUCCUGUGUAAUGGUUUAGGGCUGUGCCUAGGGGAUCCUUUUGUGAAUGAAUCUUUUAACACAUGAAGUAAUUCAAAUUAAACUUCUCUGCAUGUCUGCAUAUUAAUUGGAGAAAACAAAUCAACAUUUAUUGCCCAUGUAUUCUGUGUGUAAAAUAGGCACAACAGUGACAAACUUAUCAGCACUCUGCCCAUGUGUUUGGGUCACUGCUACUGUUUCAGGGCUUUAUAGGUGGCCCUGGUGGCUACCUAAAACAAGCAUUGGGCCGCUUGUACAUGUGAGAGACCUAAUGUCUAUUUUAAGGCCCUGUUGGAAGCAGACAGCAGGAAUGGUCCAGCGAGGUUUUAGUGGCUGCUGAGAAACAGGUACACUUGUUAAAGUCACGGAUUUGAACCUGGAGCCAGGAGGAGCACGACUGUGUUCCUUAGUUCCCAGCCCCAUUGAAAAGAUUCUGUUGGCGCACAAUCACAGACUUAAUGAGAGCUUGCCUCCCUCCUUUUUAAAAGUAAAUCACAUCUUGAAUUUGUUAAAGGCAAACUUAUAAUAAAUGGAUUUCUUAUUAAAGUUUUAGUUGAAAGAUUAAAUAUUCUGGCUACCCUUUUCUUCACAGGUGAAUGAUUGGAUGAGUGUCAGUUACAUUCUUCAGAGAAUACAUUGAAUUCCUGAAAUAUCAAAGAGUCAGUUAGCUGUUUGUAUGUGGAACAGUCAAUUGAGGACUCCAUUGUAGGUUUUGUUGGGGCUGUGCUAACACUGCCACUACUGUAAACCUUUGUUUAGCAGACUAGAAGUUACUAAUGUUUCUGUACUGCAACGAUACCAGAAUCUAAACAGCAAGACCAGUUUAUGCUAGAAUAAUUGGUUUUAUAAGAAAACUAUUCCUAAAGAGUUAUUGUGAAGCAGGUAUCUGCCCUGUUUAGUAAAUUGCACAGCCCUUUCACGGGUUUAUAUUAAAUUCCUUCUGUGCCCCUAAUACCAUGUAGACAUUUGCAGCACUUGCUUUCUGAUUUUGUGAGAUGAUUUUAGAAUAGAUUUCUUCUACUUGCUUCUAAAUUGGGGGUGAGAACUUCAAAGCCACUGAUCAAGAUUGUGCAACAUCCAUCUGCAGCAGAGUCAACGAUAAGCAAUAUUGAGAAUUCACUGCCUGUAAACCAGGUCAUAUUGGAUAUAUCUUGAUAACUUGGACAAAGUUUUUUUUAAAUAAACUGAUCAUUCCUAUUUUAA